UUCGCGCGAUUUGGGGACCUCGCGAGGGGAGGGCAGCGCUUGUGGAGGAGCUUGGCCCGGCUCCGGCUGGGCGGGCGAACCUGAAAUCGGGGCUUGGACCCCGGGCUCCAGAUCCUGGAUCCUGAACUGCACCCUCUGUCGAGAGCCCAGAGGAGGAAAAAAAUGGCUGUUAUACAUUCAAAAGCAAAGUCCAAGCUCUGCCUUUUUGAGACUCUGUGCUUCUCUAAGCUAGGAAUCCAGAGGAGGAUGGAUCAUUUCUUGCAGUGCUAAAAACCAUGGAUCAGAGAUCAGUGAUGUUCAGGGAUGUUGCCAUUGACUUCUCUCAGGAAGAGUGGGAAUACCUGGACUCUGCUCAAAGGGAUUUGUAUAGAGAUGUGAUGUUGGAGAACUAUAGUAACUUGGUGUCACUAGUAGACUUGCCUUCGAGGAGUGUAAAUAAGGACUUAUCUCCAAAAAAAGACAUUUAUGAAACAGAAUUAUCCCAAUGGCAAAUGAGUGCCAGGCAUCAAAACUGUGAUUUUGAGGAGUCCAGUUCCAGAGAUUAUUUGGAAGUCAGAGGCACAUUGGAAAAGCAACAAGAAAACCAGGAGAAAUAUUACAGGUCCUGGUGCAUUUUCUGUCUGCAUUCUGCCUGGAUCUACCUGUGUGACCCCUGGAAGCAUGCUGUGUACCUCCUCCUGGACCUCUCUGCCUUCUCAAGCCCUGCCCAUUACCAGAAAGAAGAGAAAAUGACCGAGUCCCAGGGAACAGUGACAUUCAAAGAUGUGGCUAUUGACUUCACCCAGGAAGAGUGGCAGCAGUUGGAUCCUGCUCAAAGGAAUCUGUACCGGAAUGUGAUGCUAGAAAACUAUAACAACUUAAUCACAGUGGGCUGUCCAUUCACCAAACCUGAUGUGAUUUUCAAGUUGGAGCAAGAAGAAGAACCUUGGGUGGUGGAGGAAGAAGUGUUAAGGAGACACUGUCCAGGAGAUAUGUGGGGAAUUGAUGAGCAUCAGAAAAUCCAGGACAGACUUUUGACACAUUUUGAAGAUAAAUUCACAAAAACACUGACUGAAGAAAAAGUCAAUGAAUGUCGUAAGAAAUUUGCAAAUGCAUUUCCUCUUAACCCGGACUUUUUUCCUUCCAGUCACAAUUUCUAUGAAUAUGACUUAUUUGGAAAGUGUUUAGAAUAUAAUAAUUUUAACUGUCAUAAUAAUGAUAGAAUUCUUUUAAGAAAGGAACAUUCUGAAUAUAAUGAAGCUAUGAAAUCAUUUUGCAUUAGCCCAUCCCAUCUUGUAGUAACCCCCUUCAAGUGUAAUCACUGUGGGAAAGGAUUCAGUCAAACCUUGGACCUCAUCAGACACCUGAGAAUUCAUACUGGAGAGAAACCUUACGAAUGUAAAAAAUGUAGAAAAGCUUUCAGCCACAAGGAAAAACUCAUUAAACAUCAUAAAAUUCAUAGUAGGGAGCAGUCUUAUGAAUGUAAUGAAUGUGGGAAAGCUUUCAUUAAAAUGUCAAAUCUCAUUAGACAUCAAAGAAUUCAUACUGGGGAGAAACCCUAUGCAUGUAAGGAAUGUGGGAAAUCCUUCAGCCAGAAAUCAAAUCUCAUUGAUCAUGAAAAAAUUCAUACUGGAGAGAAACCUUAUGAAUGUAAUGAGUGUGGGAAAGCAUUCAGCCAGAAGCAAAGCCUCACUGCACAUCAGAAAGUUCAUACCGGGGAGAAACCUUAUGCAUGUAAUGAAUGUGGUAAAGCCUUCCCUCGAAUUGCAUCCCUUGCUCUUCAUAUGAGAAGUCAUACAGGAGAAAAACCUUAUAAAUGUGAUAAAUGUGGAAAAGCCUUCUCUCAGUUUUCCAUGCUUAUUAUACAUGUAAGAAUUCAUACGGGUGAGAAGCCCUAUGAAUGUAAUGAAUGCGGAAAAUCCUUCUCUCAAAGUUCAGCUCUUACUGUACAUAUGAGAAGUCAUACUGGUGAAAAACCUUAUGAAUGUAAGGAAUGUAGAAAAGCCUUCAGCCACAAGAAAAACUUCAUUACACACCAGAAGAUUCAUACUAGAGAGAAACCUUAUGAAUGUAAUGAAUGUGGGAAAGCUUUCAUUCAGAUGUCAAAUCUUGUUAGACACCAGAGAAUUCACACUGGAGAAAAACCCUACAUAUGUAAGGAAUGUGGCAAAGCCUUUAGCCAGAAAUCAAAUCUCAUUGCCCAUGAAAAAAUUCAUUCUGGAGAAAAGCCCUAUGAAUGUAAUGAAUGUGGUAAAGCCUUCAGCCAAAAGCAAAACUUUAUUACACAUCAGAAAGUUCACACUGGAGAGAAACCUUAUGAUUGUAAUGAAUGUGGUAAAGCCUUUUCUCAAAUUGCAUCCCUUACUCUUCAUCUGAGAAGUCACACAGGAGAAAAGCCUUAUGAAUGUGAUAAAUGUGGGAAAGCCUUCUCUCAGUGCUCAUUGCUCAAUUUACAUAUGAGAAGUCAUACUGGUGAGAAGCCCUAUGUAUGUAAUGAAUGUGGAAAAGCUUUCUCUCAAAGAACUUCUCUUAUUGUGCACAUGAGAGUCAUACAGGUGAGAAACCCUAUGAAUGUAAUAAAUGUGGAAAAGCCUUCUCCCAAAGCUCAUCCCUUACUAUACAUAUACGAGGUCAUACAGGUGAGAAACCCUUUGAUUGUAGUAAAUGUGGGAAAGCCUUCUCUCAAAUCUCAUCUCUUACACUUCAUAUGAGAAAACAUACAGGUGAGAAGCCUUAUCAUUGUAAUGAGUGUGGUAAGGCUUUCAGCCAAAAGUCACACCUUGUUAGACACCAGAGGAUUCAUACUCAAUAGAAAUAGAAACACUAUGUAUAUCGUGAAGAUGGAGACACCUUCAGAAAGAAUUAGCACCUCCUUUUACAUUUCUAGAACAGAAAACUAUGAUGUGGAAAGCCUUUUAAAGAAGUCACACAAUUGUGUAACAAUUCUUACAAGUAUGAUAAAUUGCAAAACGAAUAAAUUGUAAAACCUU